CCGCCCCUCUGUCCCCAGGUGAUGAGCGCUCCGUGCCCGUCCCCGCCGGCAGACGCGUGACCGCAGCACCACGGCGGGGCCCGCCCGGCCCACGCGCUGCAGGGUCGUCAUCUACCUCCAGAAGGACAUGUCUGGGGACACGUGCCUCGCCCUGUGCCCCAGCGCGGGGCCCAAGCCCAAGGCUGGCAGCUUCAAAGGCGGCAGCCUGGGCAACAAGUACGUGCGGCUCAACGUGGGCGGCUCCCUGUACUACACCACGGUGCAGGUGCUCACCAGGCACGACACCAUGCUCAAGGCCAUGUUCAGCGGCAGGAUGGAAGUGCUCACAGACAAGGAAGGCUGGAUCCUUAUAGACCGCUGUGGGAAGCACUUCGGAACAAUUUUAAACUAUCUGCGAGAUGACACAAUUGCACUUCCAAAACACAGGCAGGAGAUCAAAGAGUUGAUGGCAGAAGCCAAGUACUAUCUCAUCCAGGGCUUAGUGGACAUGUGCCAAGCAGCCCUGCAGGACAAGAAAGACCUGUAUGAGCCUGUCUGCAGCAUCCCUAUUAUCACCUCUCCGAAGGAAGAAGAGAGACUGAUUGAGUCAUCAAUGAAACCUGUUGUUAAGCUGCUUUAUAACAGAAGCAACAAUAAGUACUCCUACACCAGUAACUCAGAUGACAACCUGCUGAAGAACAUCGAGCUGUUCGACAAGCUCUCUCUGCGGUUCAACGGCAGAGUCCUGUUCAUCAAGGACGUGAUAGGGGAUGAGAUCUGCUGCUGGUCCUUCUACGGGCAGGGCCGCAAGCUGGCCGAGGUCUGCUGCACCUCCAUCGUGUACGCCACGGAGAAGAAGCAAACCAAGGUUGAAUUCCCCGAGGCACGAAUUUAUGAGGAAACACUAAAUGUCUUACUGUAUGAAACCCCCCGGGUUCCUGAUAACUCCCUGCUGGAAGCCACGAGCCGGAGCCGGAGCCAGGCGUCGCACAGCGAGGACGACGAGGGGUUCGAGCUGCGCGACCGAGUGCGCCGGAUCCACGUGAAGAGAUACAGCACCUACGACGACCGCCAGCUCGGCCACUAGUGCCUGAGCUGGGCUGGGCUCAGUGUGCUUGCAGGAUCAGGCAUAGGGAGGGAUCCCCUGGGCUCUGGGGAUUGAUCUUCGUUUGGCAUCUUGGCUCCCUGGACAAGCGAAUGGGCAUUUUGCGCACAAAGGGACACUAAAGGCUUGGACAAUGAGGUGUGAGUUCUGCACCACGUGCUUUACCUACAGACCGGCCCCUCUUCCUGCCAGGGGACCGGGGAGAUUUGUGACACUGGUUCUCAGUUUGGGGGUGCUUUCCUAUGUAACAACUUGCCAGUUUCCCCUUCCUGUGAGCAGCGAGGUGGUGCGGCUGGGAAAGCUUUUUCCAGACACCUGCCUGUUCAGGGUCUUGCAUAAUGGAACGUGCAGGCUUAAAUCAAGAUACUGGAGAGAGAACCUGAACGUGGCUACUCUUGGCAGACACUACAUGUGAUAACCCUCAGGAGAAAUGGUUGUCUGGCCAGUCAGCUGCCAGCAGUCAGGUGCACUGCACGUGUGCUUUCUCCCACCCCAAGUCAUCAAACAACCUCCCCUUGUGAAAAAUGAGAAGUCUUUGAAAGUUGAAGUGUGUAUGUAAUGACUUGUCCUGGGAGAUGGAGAGAUGGGUAGGAGAGGGAAGAAACUUCAAGUGAGGAAACUUGAGCAGAUUGUGGCAGGGUUGCCCUUGUUUAGGCUUGUGAGAGUGAAAUCAUGUUUAUACAAAGAAGGACAAUCCAUGGAAUUGUUUUUACAUUAGUUACCUCCUGUAGUGGGGGAAAAAUUGCAGUGGCUGGGGAGGUACAGACUAAACAGUGUUUUAUAAGGCUACAUCAUGUGAAUUCAAGUUCUGUGUUUUAAAUUCCUUUUAGACCAUAGAACUUUAAGUGGAAAGAGAAGAACAACCUUAAAAAUCUUGUUCUAGCAUGAGACUGCUAGGGGCCUCGGGCACAGGAGAGAGGUGGCUUAUACUGGAUUUUAAACUGAAAUAAUCACUUUUAUCCUGAGUGCUAAUUGUACAGGGCACUUGAGGGGGUUGGAGUCAAGUCUGCUCUGCAAAUUGGGUCUCUGGGAACAGCUUCAAGUUUAGUAUGAAAAGCUAUUACUGUAUUUUUAAAUGUUUGCUUGUAUGUUUGAGCUCCAGGUUGCAUAGUCCAGUUUUCCCACUGUCAUUAAUGGUUAUUCCUGCUGGCUGUCCACUGGCAGCGAUGGAUAUGUUGGAUAUGCUGCUUUUGUGUUCCAAUAUUGUACUUGGUUGUGGAAGCUCCAGAUCCCACGAGGGUUGGUGCUGAACUGCUUUGACCAGUGCCUGUAAGAUUUCAAGAAAAGUACUGCAAAGGCCUACAA